AUUUUUUUGCUGCAGAAAAUGGAUGCGUUAAAAAACGGCUGGUUCAGCGAAAUCAACGACUUAUGGCCCGGAAUCUCACAAUCCUUAGAAGUUGAAGAGGUCCUUUACAAUGGACAUUCAAAGUACCAACACAUUCUCGUCUUGCAGACGAAAUCCUAUGGCAAAGCUUUAGUCCUCGACGGCAUAAUUCAGUGCACGGAAAAGGACGAAUUCUCCUACCAAGAAAUGAUCUCUUUUCUACCGCUCUGCUCACACCCUAACCCCAAAACGGUUCUCAUAGUUGGCGGUGGUGAUGGUGGAGUUGCUCGCGAGGUGGCCAAGUUCCCUAAAAUCGAGAAGGUCUACCAAGUGGAAAUCGACGAAAAGGUCGUCGAGGUGUCCCGAAAAUAUUUGCAAUUCAUGGCCACAGGCUACGACCACCCGAAAGUCGAGCUUGUUAUCGGCGAUGGCUACAAAUUUGUCGAGGAACACAAGCACAGCUUCGAUGUCAUCAUAACAGACAGUAGCGACCCCAUAGGACCGGCCACUUGUCUCUUUGAGGAGCCCUACUUUGUCCGUAUGAAGAAUGCGCUAAAGCCCGGUGGUAUCAUUUGUACCCAAGCCGGUACCUACUGGUCAAACCUCGAUCAGAUCAAGCGUACCUUAAAUCACUGCAAAGACACAUUUCCCAAAGUAGGUUAUGCCAUAUCGUCAGUGCCCACUUAUCCUACGGGACAAAUUGGCUAUAUGAUGGGUAGCCUGGAUGAGACAAUAAACUUUAGAGAGCCGAAAACUGUGUUCACGGAUGCGGAGCUUGACAAGAUGAAUAUGCGCUAUUACAGCGAUAGGGUACACAGGGCAAGCUUUGAGCUGCCUAGAUUCGUUGAAAAAGAGCUUGACCUGUGAUGCAUAACUGUGUAAUAUUAUUAAGGCUGUACUGGUUCAAAUCUAAACAACAGAGUGUAAUUUUGAUGGGACAUAGUAUUACGACUUAGUCUAAAAGUGUAAGUGCACUCUGAAGAAAUCCGAAUCUACCAAUCAUAGGACAUUCGAAUGGAAUAAGGCUUGCAGAGAUUAUAUUUUGAAUUUUUGAUGCAACGCAUAAUAAGAAUAAAUAUAGAUGAGUUACAUCAAAUAGUUGACUUUUAAAAAUUUUUUCAACUACCUACUUUCAACUUAUUCGUCAAU